AUGCAUCUCGCCAGUAUGGUACACGGCAGCGUUAGGGAGCGCGAGUCGUUCCAGCACCCGGCCUACUUCCAGCAGUCGCAACCUCGCGCCUUCCCCAUGUCGGGUGUUGCCGCCUCCUCAUAUCCCGUGCAUACUCCAUCCCAACCUCAGGUCGAGCAGCAGUACCGCCAGCAACAACAGCAGCAGCAACACCAACACCAACACCAACACCAACACCAACAAUACACACACCAACCACAGCAGCAGCAGCAGCAACGGCUGCAAUCGCCGCCCUCACCACCAGCAGAGGAGAAGAAGCCUUCACUGCCUUCUAUCUCAAGUCUCCUCGAGUUUGCUGGGAACGACAAGGCUGCUUCCGAGACAGCUUCCCAAAGUCCUCAGUCACAGCACCGCCAGUCGUCAUCGCCGCAACUAAGGCAGGCACAGCAGGGAGGGGCAGGAGCCAUGCAGCAACCAUCACAAACCGUCUACGCGCAAGUGCCUGCGCCGAGCAACCCCAGGAUGACACUGCCUCCGACACCGCCAAUGCACCCAGACGUGGCACACGACGGUACCCAGUCUCCCUCCGCUGCAUCAAACCACUCUGCUGCGUCCGCGCCCUACUUCGUCGGCGGCUCGCUCAACAACAUGGAGCCGCACCAGCAGCGCCAGUCCUUCUCAUCGAUGCCUCCAAUGAAGCGCGAUUCGCUGCAGUCGCACUCCAUGUCUCCGUACAGUACUUCCAUCUAUGGCCAGUCUCCGUAUCAGUCAUCACCAGGCGCUGCCUCUACGACUUCAUUCUACUCGCCUGAGCAGCACUCUUACAACAGCACUGCAAUGUAUGCGCAGCGCCCGCUUCCUUCCAACUUCCAGCCACACUCGAUACCCCUGCCGGCUCCUGUGCCCAGCCCGGCUUCGAACGGCUCCAACCCAUGGCAACACCACCACUACAUUAGCACCUCUAGCCAGUCUCAGUUUCCCCAGUCUCAGGAUCGGUACAUCUGCUCGACUUGCAACAAGGCCUUCUCGCGGCCAAGCAGCCUGCGCAUCCACAGUCACAGUCACACAGGCGAGAAGCCCUACAAGUGCCCGCAGCCUGGAUGUGGCAAAGCGUUCAGCGUGCGCAGCAACAUGAAGCGACACGAGCGAGGUUGCCACGCGGCUUCCAGUACCACCCUGACGACAUAA